AUGGCGGAUAAGGUCGAAGCUGAAAGCGCCUCAAUACAGCCUCAAUCCUCUGUCCGAGACAGCCAAUCCUCCAUCAAAGGAGACGUCCAACAUGCCGAACUAUCCCGACAAGUAGAACCGUACGGCCCGCCCGGUCUUCGGGGUGUCAUUGCAAACCCUUUCGUGCUGCUCUGCGCGGCAUGCUCAACGCUUGGAGGGUUGACUUUCGGCUAUGAUCAGGGCGUCAUCUCCGUUACGCUGGUCAUGCAGCAGUUCCUCGAUCGGUUCGUCGAGGUUGCCGAUGGCCAUCCGGGUUCAGGAUUCUGGAAAGGCCUCAUGACUGCUAUGCUUGAGUUGGGUGCGUUUGUCGGUGCUCUCAACCAGGGAUGGCUUGCCGAUAAGAUCUCCCGACGGUACUCUAUCGUCGUGGCAGUCGCCAUUUUCAUCGUCGGUUCGGUCCUGCAAACUGCCGCUGUGGAUUAUGCCAUGCUUACCGUCGGUCGGACCAUUGGAGGUAUCGGCAUCGGUAUGCUGUCGAUGGUUGCCCCGCUUUAUAUUAGUGAGGUAUCACCACCGGAAUGUCGAGGUGCAUUGCUUGUCCUUGAAGAAUUCUGCAUAGUCCUUGGGAUCGUGAUUGCGUACUGGAUAACAUACGGUACACGGUUCAUGGAUGGUGAGUGGUCAUGGAGGCUUCCAUUUCUGUUGCAAAUGGUGCCGAGUUUCGUCUUACUGGGAGGAGUAAUCGUGCUUCCAUUCUCUCCUCGGUGGCUUGCCUCCAAGGGACGCAACGACGAAGCUUUGCAAAGUUUGAGCAGGUUGCGACGACUGCCUACGACCGACCACCGUGUCCAACAGGAGAUGCUCGACAUCAAGAUUGAAGUCCGCUUUCAUCAGGAAUUAAACGCGGAAAAGCACCCAUCCAUUCAAGGGCCGGGUGCUAAGAAGGGUUUGCUUCGCGAGUUGGCCGGCUGGGCGGACUGCUUCAGGAGCGGAUGCUGGCGGAGGACGCAGGUUGCGGUUCUGGUCAUGUUCUUCCAGCAAUUCGUCGGUAUCAACGCCCUGAUCUACUACUCUCCCACGCUCUUCGAAACCAUGGGCCUCGAAUACGACAUGCAGCUCCUCAUGUCCGGUAUCAUCAACGUCACACAACUCGUCGGUGUCUGCGCCAGUUUCUGGAUGAUGGACGGCUUCGGCCGUCGUCCUCUUUUGCUCUGGGGCGCCGCCAUUAUGGGUAUCUCGCAUAUUAUCAUCGCCGCUCUCGUGGGUAUUUACUCGGACAACUGGCCCGCGCAUCGAACCCAAGGUUGGACGAGUGUCGCUUUCCUGUUCUUGUAUAUGCUCGCGUUCGGUGGGACUUGGGGAUCGGUUGGUUGGGCGCUGCCGGCUGAGGUGUUCUCGUCUUUCCUUCGUGCGAAGGGUGUCGCUCUCUCAACCUGCGGCAGCUGGCUUUUCAACUUUAUCAUCGGCCUCAUCACUCCACCUCUGAUCCAAGACACCGGGUACGGCGCUUAUGUUUUCUUCGCCGUAUUUUGUAUCCUCGCCUUCAUUUGGGCGUUCUUCUGCGUCCCGGAGACUAGUGGUCGGAGCCUGGAACAGAUGGACGCGGUCUUCAAAGAUAACUCGAGUAGUGCGGAGCGCGCGCGGAGGCAGGCGAUCGAGAAUGAGCUCAUGGGGGAGCAUCACAGCAUUGCGGGGGCUUAG